AUGUCAUUGGACCAAGUUAAAGACAUUCAAAUCUUAUUUGAAAAAUAUGAUAGAAACAAAGAUAGAAAAAUAACUUUUGCAGAAGUCUUCAAAAGUUUAAAGGAAGGAGGUUCAAAGGAUCCAUUCAAGAUGGCUAACCAAAUUUUUGCAGAACUUGAUAAAAAUGAGGAUGGAGUUGUUGACAUUAAAGAGGUGUCAAAACAUACAAACUAUGGAAAUCAAGAAUACUUGAGUAUUAUAAAAGAUGAUAUGGCAAGAUUCCUUAAAUUCUUUGACAAAGAUGGCGAUCAGAUGCUAAACUAUCAAGAAGUUGUAGAUGUCUACAGAAACAAAAAAGCAAAAAAUCCAGAAUACCUUGCUGAUAAGCUUUUCCUUUCGUUUGAUAAGGAUCAGAGGUAA